AUGUACAGUGUAACCUGGCUGCAGACCAGCUCCCCCUCGCUUGAUGAAGACACCUCUCUUCCUGCCCCCUCGCUUCAUGAAGACACCUCUCACCCUGCCACUCGCUUAAUGAAGACACCUGUCACCCUGCCCCCUCGCUUCAUGAAGAAACCUGUCACCCUGCCCCCUCGCUUCAUGAAGACACCUCUCACCCUGUCCCCUCGCCUAAUGAAGACACCUCUCACCCUACCCCCUCGCCUAAUGAAGACACCUGUCACCCUGCCCCCUCGCUUCAUAAAGACACCUGUCACCCUGCCCCCUCGCUUCAUGAAGAUACCUAUCACCCUGCCCGCACGCCUAAUGAAGAAACCUGUCACCCUGCCCGCCCGCCUAAUGAAGACACCUGUCACCCUGCCCGCCCGCCUAAUGAAGACACCUGUCACCCUGCCCGCCCGCCUAAUGAAGACACCUGUCACCCUGCCCGCCCGCCUAUUGAAGACACCUGUCACCCUGACCCCUCGCUUCAUGAAGACACCUGUCACCCUGCCCCCUCGCUUCAUGAAGACACCUGUCACCCUGCCCCCUCGCUUCAUGAAGAUACCUAUCACCCUGCCCGCCCGCCUAAUGAAGACACCUGUCACCCUGCCCGCCCGCCUAAUGAAGACACCUGUCACCCUCCCCGCCCGCCUAAUGAAGACACCUGUCACCCUGCCCGCCCGCCUAAUGAAGACACCCGUCACCCUGCCCGCCCGCCUAAUGAAGACACCCGUCACCCUGCCCCCUUUCUUAAUGAAGACACCUCUCACCCUGUCCCCUCGCUUAAUGAAGAUACCUCUCUUCCUGCCCCCUCGGUUCAUGAAGACACCUGUCACCCUGCCACUCGCUUAA